GCGCUUUUGUCGAGGAUAGCAGACGGGAAUGUGUCGGAUGGCGAUUUCUCCGAUGAUGAAGUUGAGGAAAGUGUCACAAUGAUGACUUCAAGCGAAGAGCCUGUGACGGCAGACCACAGCGUUAGCAGCAGUGAUGAGGACGAGAAAGAAAAUAAUCAGCAAUCUCAACCCAAAAGAAAGAAAACAGCAGUGAAGUGGAUUAGGAAGGAUUUUUCACCGCAGAAUACUGCGUGCACUUUCAUCCCUAGACGGGGCUCAACCCCCUCGGAGCCGCUUGAGUACUUCAGCAAGUACUAUACAGAUGAGAUUUUUGUCGAACUGGCUCACUACACUAACAUGUAUGCUUUGCACAGAGACGGAGCUGAGCUGUACACCACACCAGAAGAAAUUAAAGUUUUUUUCGGUGUUAUGAUGCGUAUGGCACUCCUCAAGUUCCCUAGAGUGCGUAUGUACUGGCAAGAGGACACGCGUAUACCCACUAUUGCGGAAGCAAUGACUUGCAAGCGAUUCUUUAAGCUGCGAGCAGCUUUACACGUGACUGACUCAAAUGCUCCAAAGGAAUCAACCACUAACAAAUUUUGGAAAGUUGCUCCAAUUCUAAAUGCCGUGAGAAGUCGAUGCCUUGAUUUGGAUCCACUCGAACAGGCCAGUAUUGAUGAACAGAUGGUGCCUUUUACAGGGAGGGUACCUGGAAAACAAUUCGUCAAAAACAAGCCCAAUCCUGAAGGCAUCAAAGUGCUUGUACGCUGCAGCUCAGAUGGUAUGGCUCAGGACUUCGAGUUCUACCAAGGUAAAGGCACCGGUGUGAGCAAAGAUCAUUCAUACUUGGGCCUUGGUGGAUCGGUGGUAAUGCGCUUAGUACAACACCUACCCCGCGGGCAGAACAUCAGAUGUUUUAUGGACAACUACUUUUCGUCAGUUCCACUUUACCGAGAGCUCAAACUGCUGGGUAUUCUGGCCUCUGGGUCAAUCAGGUCCAACAGGCUUCUUGGCUGCGAGCUGAAAAGUGACAAGGAGUUGAAGAAGGAAGGCCGUGGAAGUCACGAUUUCAAGAUCACUGAAGAAGAGGACGUAGUCAUAGUGCGGUGGCAUGACAAUGGCCCGGUUAACAUGAUCUCCACACUUGUAGGAGUGGGGAACCCAACGAAAGUCAAACGAUGGAGUGAUUCAGCCAAAGAACAUGUGGACCUAGCCUGCCCACAAGUAAUAGCCGAGUACAACAAAUUCAUGGGCGGCGUCAACAAAUUGGAUUUCUUAAUGUCAUUGUAUCCACUCUACACAAGGACAAAGAAGUGGCCAGUUAGAGUCAUCUCCCACUUCAUUUCCUUCGCAGUUUGCAACAGCUGGAUUGAGUACAUCCGCGAUGCAAACGAAGAUGCACUCCCUAGAAAAGAAGUGAAGGAUGUGAUGGCAUUCCAAUCUGACAUCGCGCGGAGCUUGAUUGCUAGCAACAAAAGUGCACCACAAAGGAGGGGAAGACCAAGCACUUCCAAUCGGAAGCCUGCUCGGCAGUCGCACAGUGGUACGCCCAUGCCAACCAACUCAACAAGAUUUGACGGCACCAACCACUGGCCAAUGCACACGACGGCAAACUUUCCGCAAAGGUGCCGAAACUCUGGCUGUGCCUCCAAGUCUCGAAUUUGUUGUCGGAAGUAUGGCGUUUUCCUUUGCCUGAGUGCAGCGAAAGACUGCUACUAUGAGUUCCACAACAAAAAGUAAGGUGCCGUCAAGUUCACUUGUAGAGAUGCUUCAGAAAAUCUCUCUAAGAUGCUUCUAAAAUGAUAACUACCCAUGAAAAUCACAGAAUAUGAAAGAUUAUGUAGUUGCCUUUUUUUCUGUGUUCAGGCGCCAUGUGUACAAUUGUACACAGCACCAAAAAUUUUUGUAUGUUAAAUAAACAAGUUUCUAACCAUAUCAUUUGUUUUGUGUUAUUUAUGAGAGAUAGUCUAAAAAGGAUUUCAAAUUUUCCCGACCCUUUUUCUUAAUUCGCGCCCGAAGGGGUUAAUUUCAUGGCAUCGCUUUCUCUUUUCGCUGUCUCUGCCUCUUUAUCUGUUUCUUCGUUUUCUGGACUCUUGAAGCAGAUAGUUUCGGCCCAAGAAUUCCAUGACUGUCCUUGAGUAGCCGACACACUAUUGGUGGCCGCCAGUCUGUGAAGAUCUUUCAAUAGUUUGGCAGUAGAAGGAUAUUUGACUUCUACUAGUUGGAAGCGGUGUCGCAGAGUUGCAGCAAGGAGAAAGGGACUGCUGCAGGCGCCAAAAGGAAUCCUUGUCAUGCACAAUUCUUCAGUAUUGGAAGACCCUUCUUCAAACCAGAAGUAACGAAAUGCGUCUCGGUCUUGUUCAGCCAGCGAUAUUUGAAGAAACGCUUUUUCGAUGUCGGCGGAAAUUCCAAUCUUGAAGCUGCGAAACUUCAGCAGUGUGUCGAGGAUGUUGGGGUUCAAAUUCGGCCCUGUCCACAAGACGUCGUUAAGUGAAGGCGAGUCCGAAGCAUGAGAAGAGGCGUCGGAUACCACCCGUACUACAGUCGUAGUUCUAUCGCGUCGCACUACUGCUUGGUGUGGCAUAUAGUGCGUGAUAUGUUCACU